AUGGAUGUUGAAAACACUCGGAGUGCUCUCGAACGCCUUGGAAUUACAGAUCUGUGGCUACCGCUGUCGAAACAACUACUCAAACGAUUCCUGGGUGGCCCCAAUCAUGUCUCAGAGUUUCUGGAACUACAAGACGAACAUCUCAAGGCGACUUUUGCACGUUGGACGCAGCCUGUCUCAGGAGAACACAUAUAUGACAUGAUGAUCAAUCAUUGCGAAUUUGAGGACGACGAAGAGAUAUUUGAAGAGAAUCGGCUUCUCGGCGAAGGCAUGGUUGGCCUCGUCGAAGAGGUGACGGUACGAUCCCGAGAACCACCCAUCAUAUGCGUACGGAAGAAGAUCGUGAGACCCAAACAGCUCAAAGCGCAUCAACAACUCAUGUCUGCCUUCAUGCGGGAGAUCAAUGUCAUGCGUCAAGUUGAUCAUCGACACUGUGUUCACUUUCUUGGGAGCUACACGGACAACGAGUCUGUCAAUAUUCUGUCAACGCCUGUGGCUGAUAUGGAUCUUGCUACCUUUCUCGAUGAGCCUAUCGGGGAUCAGGAGUGGAACAUACUCUAUACGGGCAUCGAUUGUCUCUGCGACGGGUUAUCAUACCUUCAUGAGAACAAGAUUCGGCAUGAAGAUUUGAAGCCCCAAAACGUUCUUGUCCAUGGUCGGAACCUGUUGCUUACCGACUUCGGUUUCAGGCAAGUGCCUGUUUCAACAUCAUUACUUUGGUUCUAA